AUGAUCCGUGAGCUGGAGGACCAAGGGGUGGUCAGCAAAGCCCACUCCCCCUUCAACAGCCCCAUCUGGCCUGUGCGCAAAUCUGAUGCAGAAUGGAGAUUGACUGUGGACUAUCGUGCCGUGAAUGAAGGGACUCCACCGCUGAGCGCUGCCUCCUACGGGCGGGUGCUGCUGGCGGAGCCGCGGGACGGAGGUGCGCGGGUGGCGCUGAAGCUGCUCUCCAAGGAGCGCACGGCCAGGUGCAGCUUCCUGCGGGAGUUCUGCACUCACCUGUGCCUGCGGGGGACACUCACCUGUGUCCAGGUGCUGCCGCUCGCCUUCGAGACCCCCACGGAGUUCGGCUUCGCCCAGGAGCUCGCACCUGCCGGGGACCUGUGCGGCCUGCUCACACCUGGGGUGGGUCUCCCGGAGCCGCAGGUGAAGCGCUGCGCCGCCCAGGUGUGCGCAGCCCUGUCCUACCUGCACGGCCACGCCCUGGUUCACCGCGACCUGAAGCUGGACAACGUGCUGGCCUUCGACCGCGAGUGUCACCUGGUCAAGCUGGGCGACUUCGGCCUGACGCGCGUGCUGGGCUGGCAGGUGCGGCCCGCCGCCGGCCCCGCCCCCUACGCCGCACCUGAGCUCUGGCACCUGCGCGCAGGUGAGGCGCGGCUGCGGCUGGAGCCGGCGCUGGACACCUGGGGGAAGCAGCGCCUGGGAUCCGUCCCCCUGCGAGUCCCGGGGAAGCUCUUCCCGUUCUUCGGCCCCGGCUCUGUUGGGAAUGCUCUGGGGGUCCGGCCCGCGGGGGUCUGA